AUGGCUCCGAUUACCUCAAGCCGAGAGGAAUUUGAUGAAAUUCCAACAGUGGUGGGGAUCUUCAGUGCUUUUGGUCUGGUCUUCACAGUAUCUCUGUUUGCUUGGAUCUGCUGUCAGAGAAAAUCAUCCAAGACUAACAAGACGCCUCCCUAUAAAUUUGUUCAUGUGCUCAAGGGAGUUGACAUUUAUCCAGAAAACCUAAACAGUAAGAAGAAGUUUGGAGCAGAUGACAAAAAUGAAGCAAAAAAUAAACCAGUUGUGCCAAAGACCUCACUACAUCUUGACCUUGAGAAGAAAGACCUCAAUGGCAAUUUUCCCAAAGCAAACCCCAAAGCUGGCAGCCCUUCUGAUCUUGAGAACUUGACUCCUAAGCCAUUCUCAGAAAGGGAACAGAAAGAGUCCACUUCCCCUGACAGUUUGAAGUCCAAUUCAUCCUUAUGUUCUGUAGAGAAACAGGAUAAACUUGGUACCCUUUUCUUUUCUUUAGAAUAUAACUUUGAGAAAAAGGCAUUUAUUGUGAACAUCAAAGAAGCUCGUGGCCUGCCAGCAAUGGAUGAACAGUCAAUGACUUCUGAUCCCUAUAUCAAAAUGACCAUCCUUCCUGAGAAGAAGCACAAAGUGAAAACCAGAGUCCUGAGAAAGACCUUAGAUCCAGCUUUUGAUGAAACCUUCACCUUCUAUGGAAUCCCAUAUAGCCAAAUACAAGAUUUGGUUCUUCACUUUAUUAUCUUGAGUUUUGACAGAUUUUCAAGAGAUGAUAUUAUUGGAGAAGUUCUUAUUCCCCUUUCAGGCAUUGAAUUGGCUGAUGGAAGAAUGCUAAUGAACAGGGAAAUCAUCAAAAGAAAUGUUAGGAAGUCUUCAGGACGAGGCGAGCUACUGAUCUCUCUUUGCUACCAGUCCACAACCAACACUCUUACUGUAGUGGUUCUAAAAGCUCGGCACCUACCUAAAGCAGACGUUUCUGGAUUAUCAGAUCCUUAUGUUAAAGUGAACCUAUAUCAUGCAAAAAAGAGGAUCUCCAAGAAGAAAACACACGUGAAGAAAUGCACCCCUAAUGCAGUAUUCAAUGAAUUGUUUGUGUUUGACAUUCCUUGUGAAGGUCUUGAGGAGAUCAGUGUAGAAUUCCUGGUUUUGGAUUCUGAUAGGGGAUCAAGGAAUGAAGUAAUUGGGCGGUUGGUCCUUGGAGCGUCAGCAGAAGGAACAGGUGGAGAGCACUGGAAGGAGAUCUGUGAAUAUCCUAGGAGACAAAUUGCAAAGUGGCAUAUGCUUUGUGAUGGCUAG